AUGGCGGCCCCCGAGUACCCUGACCGAGCCGGCCGUGAAUUGGCACUCCAUAAAGUCAACAUUACCCAGAAAUCGCUCGGGAACAAAGCAACAACAGUAGCGAAGUUAGCAAAAGUAAAUCGUGUCGUUGGAAAGGAAAUGGAAAGUGUAGUUGAUGUAAAGUUCCCCGUGACGUCCCUAGUGCCGAAGCAUGAAACUGGAGUGCUCAACUUCCUACGGAAGUACCCGGAGUACGAUGGGAAGGACGUGACGAUUGCAAUCCUUGAUUCCGGUGUAGAUCCCCGGGCGAAGGGACUGGAGCAAAUUCCCGGUGGCGAGGUAAAGGUUGUCGAACGGUACGACUGUUCCGGCUGUGGCGACGUGGACACGAGCAAAACGGUAACUGCCGCCGAGGAUGGCACCAUCCCGGGGCUCUCCGGGCGGAAGCUUCGUCUAUCGUCGAUGAUGAAGUCGAAAAAUCUCGCCGGAGCAGAGUAUCGCGUGGGACUGAAAAGUAUGCACGAUUUGUGUCCCUCGCGGAUUCGGGAGCGCAUUGUGAACGAUCUGAAGGUGAAGACCUGGGAUGACCAUCACAAGAAAGCGCUAAGCGAGGCAGCCCGGGAGCUGGGCGACUUUGAUGCGAAAAAUCCAUCCGCCAACCUGACUGGCAAGGAAAAGCUGGCGAAGGAGAAUCUAGACUGUACGCUGGAAUUUUUAAACCUGUGUGAAAAGAAGUUUGUCGACUUGAAAACGUCGUACGAUUGUGUGCUGUUCCGAACGUCCGACGGCUGGAUGGCGGUGAUCGACCACACGGAAAAGGGUGAUCUGGAAAAUGCUAUCCACGUGCUGGAGUACACCCGGUCGCACCAGAUGGUCAACCUGGACGACUAUCUUUCGGUGUCAAUCAACGUACACGACGAAGGGAAUGUGCUCGAGAUCGUUGGAAUGUGUUCAAGCCAUGGAACGCACGUUGCCUCGAUUGCCAGCGGUUACCAUCCGGAGAAUCCCGAACUGAACGGAGUAGCACCGGCCGCUCGGAUCGUUUCGCUCACGAUCGGUGACGGACGGCUGGAUUCUAUGGAAACCGGAACUGCCCUUGUUCGUGCCAUUAUAAAGGUGAUGGAGUUGUGCGAAGCAGGGCGCAAGAUAGACGUGAUCAAUAUGAGCUACGGCGAGCACGGACACUGGUCCAACUCGGGCCGCGUCGGUGAACUUAUGAGCGAGUUAGUGAACAGGUAUGGCGUCGUGUGGGUAGCAUCGGCCGGCAAUCAUGGGCCUGCCCUGUGCACCAUCGGCACUCCUCCGGACAUUAGCCAACCGAGCUGCGUCGGUGUCGGUGCGUACGUAUCGCCCGAAAUGAUGGAAGCGGAGUACGCACUGCACCAGAAGCUGCCCGGCAACGUAUACACCUGGACGUCUCGUGAUCCGUGCAUCGACGGUGGGUUCGGUGUGACUGUUUGUGCACCGGGCGCGGCCAUUGCAUCGGUGCCUCAGUUUACGAUGUCCAAAGCACAGCUUAUGAACGGUACGAGCAUGUCCGCUCCGCAUGUGGCCGGCUCGGUGGGGCUCCUUAUUUCGGGCUUGAAGCAAAAAUCGGUCUCCUACACGGCGUUCAGCAUUAAGCGCGCCCUGUGGAACACCGCCACGAAGAUCGACUACGUAGACAAGUUUGCGCAGGGCAAUGGGCUCCUGAACGUAGAGAAAGCCUUCGAGCAUCUGACCAACUACUGUGGUUUAGCAGAAAAUGUACUACGCUUCGCGGUAACGGUGGGCAGCAGCAAUGCCAAGGGAAUUCAUCUGCGCCACGGAGUGCUCACGAAGGUCGAGGAAUUCUCCGUGAACAUCGAGCCGGUAUUUUUCAACGAAAAAUUCGCAGAUCCGGCGGAUAAGAUCAACUUUAACGUGCGCCUCACCCUGAUCCCAACGGAGUCGUGGAUCCAGUGCGGAAACUAUCUUGACCUCUGCUAUUCGGCGCGCAAGAUCUCCGUCAAGGUCGAUCCGAGCGGUCUUUCCCCCGGGGUUUACAGAGCGAGCGUCAAGGCGUACGAUUCAACCUGCCCGGAGAAGGGUGUGCUGUUCGAAAUCCCCGUGACGGUCGUGCAACCGCACGUGCUCGAUCCCAAAACGAACGAACUGGCGCGACGUGAGGCACCGGUCGACUGCAAACCGAACACCAUCAUCCGAGAGUUCAUUCUGGUGCCAAAGUACGCGACCUGGGCGGUGAUUGAAAUGAUUUCCGCCGACCCGAACGAUGCCGUCGGUGGUAAGUUCUUCCUGCAUACGCUGCAAAUCCUGCCGAUGAAGUACUGCAAGGCGAUGGAGAUGCAAAAGAUCCUCCCGGUCAAUGGGAUGGCACCGACCAUACAACCAGUCAUGGUGACGGGAGAUCACAUAAUCGAGAUAUGUAUUGCCAAAUUUUGGUCGAAUUUUGGAACGCUUCCGUUGCGUUAUUCGGUAAAGUUCCACGGAAUAAGUCCCUUGAAUGGAUCCGUCAUGCACAGUGCUAGCGGUAUUCAUCGUAUCGAUCUGACUACACUCACCAGCGAGGAGGUGCAGCCGGCCGUUUCGCUGAAAACGGCCGCCAUGGUACUGAAACCAUCGGAAACCAAAGUGACGCCGCUGACCGGUCGCGACGUUAUUCAUCCGGCGCGCCAGAUCUACCAGAACGUGCUCACUUACCAGCUGCACCUCACCAAAGGGUACGAUGUGGCCUUCUACACGCCCCUCUUCAGCAACAUCCUGUACGAGAGCGAAUUCGAGUCCCAGUUCUGGAUGGUGUUCGAUGCGAACAAAAUGAUGGUUCGCAGUGGAGAUGCGUACUCGUACGAGAAGUACGAGAAGCUCGAGAAGGGCGACUACACCAUCCGGCUGCAGGUGCGCCACGAAAAGAAGGAGCUGCUCGAGAAGCUUGCCGAGGCGAAUAUGAUCGUAAACUUUAAGCUCGCGAGCAGCCUCUCGGUGGACGUGUACAAGUCGUACAACCAGGUGCUGCUGAGUGGCAAAAAGUUGACCAGCUGCUCCCUCCCAGCCGGUACCUGCCGUCCGAUCUAUCUGGCGCCGAUCACGAGCGAAAAGCUGCAGAAAGCUUCCAUGCCAGCGCAGUGUUCGUGGCUCGAGGGUAGUAUCACGUACGCGAAGGAGGAUAUCAUUAAGAAGUGCGUCUCGCACAGCUUCCAGUACAUCCUGACUGAGGGUCCUCCGGCAAAGAAGAGCGUAGGAAGUACCGCUACCGCUAGCAGCAGCAACAGCAGCAGCAGCAGCAGUGUGGCCACUGUCCCUGCACCAACUGCCAACGGAAACCAAUGCCAACCGACUGCCAACGGUACUGCUAAUGCCACCGAAGGUACGAACGGUGUUCCGGUUCCGGUGAAUGGUGUGGCUACAAAAGAGGGCACCAAAUCCAAGUGGGACGAAUACUGCGAGGGAUUGCGUGAUUAUCAGACGGCUCAGAUUGCGAAGCUGGACGGUGAAGGUGCGGAAAAUUUGUACCGCACCGUGCUGAAGGAUAAUCCCACUCACGUCGCGGCCCACUUGGCGCUGGUCGACAAUAUCGACCAGGGUGAGCUGAAGGCGAACCUUCCGUACGCAUUUACGGCGGCUUGCGACCCAACCGAAACGGGUUCGGUAGCGCUGCAGAAGAUGAAACUGCUGCGUAUCGUCGAUCUUACGAGACUUGUGCUGAAAGAGAUUGACCAGAACGCCCUACUUGCGUAUUACGGCCUGAAGGUGGACAAUAGGCCGAACGCUUCGAAGAUUAAAGUCCAAAUGGACAAGCAAAAGCAACUGCUGUUGGAGGCGUGCCAGCGGCAAUUCGUGGCGCUGUGCAAGCUGAAGGUUAUGCAAACCAUUUACGAUGGGCAAGACGUCAGCCAACCGGACUAUUCGGAAGAACUGGAGCAACUGUACGGUGACGUGGGAAAGUUUAUCGACUAUACGGAUCCAAAGGUAUUACUGCUAUCGAUCUGGCAUGCAUUUUCACUGAAGCAGCACGGGCGCAUGAUAAAGUAUCUGAACAAGCUCUACGAGGAAAAGCUCAGUCGGGACGUGCUGGAAGAAACGCUGGCAGUGGCUAGCGAGAAAAAGUGGACGCAUGUGCAACAGCUGCUGUCUAAAAUGAUCGUUUCGAGCAACCCCCAGGGAUUCCGGCUGUUCUAAAUACUAAACUGAAAAUGCACCAGGAAACCGGUUGCACAGGAGCUAGAAAAACGAAUAGAUAGCAAAGACAAUUGUUACGUCUUUUUGAAUCGCAAAUGGUAUCUUUAUUUCAUCCACUUGUUAGUAUUGGUUAAUACAGAGAGUGUUCUGUGGGGAACUGGUACCAAUUGCUUUUCGACUUCGCCCCUUAGACUGAACAGUUGCUUGCAUAGUUGAAAGAUAGGAUUUAAGAUAAUAUUCGUUAAGAAAAAUAUGUGUUCAUCAGAUCAGAUGUGGGAGCAAACAUCCAACAAUUUGGAAAUCUGUUUGUUGACUUGGCACAUCGGGAAGGCAGUUAACCUAAACAUGGGAAGGUAACGUGUAUAAGUUCAAUCGUUAACCGCUACCAAACGGCAAUUUCGUAAUAAUUGUUCCAAGUUUUCCAUGUUUUGUAAGACCGUUCUACUAUCUACGAGAUAGUUCC